AGCAGGGGUAAAAGUGUAUUAUUCACGCGGAAGAUGCGGUGUAGUGCGGGGUUUCGAUACUCAAGGAUGCCGACAGUCUGCUAAGAGAGACUAACACUACUUUGGCCGUGAUCUGUGCUCUUUGGCUAAUGAAAUGGGUGAAUUCCAUCCCGUGGCUAUCUGGGAAUUCUGAUUGCCCGUCUUCUGGAGCCUUACUCCCAGUCAACACCCACAACUUUGGCUUAACUUGAUGCGCCAAGUUUGUAUGUCACACCCACGACACUGGGCUCCACAGGAUUUACAAGGCUCAGCCUACAACCACGAUCUCCUCAUAGUUCCGGCAGAAGGAGUCUAUUAAAGCGCUCUCGAAUGCGCUAGCAAGAUUGCGCCCACCGGUCUCAAAACCCAACUAACUAGAUGGGAAAUUUAUCACACGAGUCCUCCACAUUCCUCUCGUUUCGUUGAUCCAUUUUUUCUGACCACAUAUCGCCUCCAUAAUACCACCCCGAGGUCACCUUCUAUCAAAGUAGGAGGAUUCUCCAGCCGGAAGGCGUAAGCGCUCACGGCCACGCGACGCCUCUGUCCAGAAAUACUGUAUCCUGGGAGAAAAAAUGCAGCACUGAUCGGAGCCAGUGUUUCUGACGUACGAGGCUUUUUCCUUGACUUCCUGGGGCUGUGGAAACGCCUUCUAGGUCGCGAUUGAAAUUUCGGAAGCCGCUCGAACACUUUGGUUUCGCUACUCUCCAGCGCCGGAGGGAAAACCACCGACAAUGGCCGAGGAUCUGGAUACGAGCAAAAUUAAAAACUGGCGAUCCAUAAUUACUCUGAUUGUCUUCGUGAUAACAAAUAUUAUCGUGCUUUUCCCGUUCAACAUCCCGAUUUACGUCCCACGAUGGUUCUACAAUGCGACACUAGAUACCCUGAGUGCUUUGCGCAUCAUACCUUCUCGCAAACUUUCUCCGCAUCAUCAAGAUGAGCGAAGCGUCUGGGUGCGACUCAACGUACCCCUCAACUUCGUCACUGCACCCUUGGCAGCCGAUCUCUUCUUAUUGGCUAUCUUGGCUAUCGGGCGGAAGGAAGUACAUGAUGGAACGAUCGGUGCCGACAACAUUUCUCCGAUUGAUAUCAUGGCUUUCUUCCUGACACUUGCCUACAUUGCGAUCUCGAUCGAUGCCUCUGGUCUUAUUCGGUGGCUCGCAUUCAAGGUACUCCAAAGAGGAGGUGGGGUAGGCCACCGGCUAUUUUUCUACCUCUAUGCGUUUUUCUUCGGACUGGGCAGUUUUAUCGGCAAUGACCCUAUUAUUCUCUCCGGUACAGCAUUCCUUGCCUACAUGACUCGAGUGUCCAGCAAUAUCGUGCACCCGAGAGCCUGGAUCCACAGUCAGUUUGCCGUGGCCAAUAUCGCAUCGGCAGUCUUGGUCUCCUCCAAUCCGACGAAUUUGGUGCUUGCUGGCGCUUUUGAGAUCAAGUUCAUCGUAUACACCGCCAACAUGAUCGUUCCAGUGGUAGCCACCGCUAUCGUCAUCUUCCCUUUUCUGUUAUACAUCAUCUUUGCUGAUGAGUCUCUCAUCCCCUACUCCAUUCAAAUGCACGAGCUCUCCGAGGAAGCCAAAGCCAGGAAGCCCGUCAACCCCAAUAUUCCCCACGCCAGGGGCAACGCCGAAGAAGAGGAAGAGAUGAAUAACGAAAAUGGCAAAUUGCUUUCUCUCGAAGAAAUCAUGAAUCCAUUUUUGGACAAGGGAGGCGCUGCAUUCGGCGCGGUGAUUAUGGCUGCGACACUCAUCACUCUUCUUGCAAUCAACGCCGCAAGCCAGUCUGGCCAGGAGCAUCCCGUAUUCUGGGUUACCUUGCCUGGUGCCUUCGUGAUGUUCUGCUGGGACCUUGCAUCUGGUUGGAUCCAUAGGCAUGAGACGCGGGAAAUUGCCGCUAAGGGACGUCGAGAAGUGGAAACCGCGAGGGCGGAGAGGGAUCGACAAGAGUCACUUCGAAAUUUGCAAGAGCAAGCUGAUGAUACUAGUGUUCGUCAUGGGCGAUCGGGCACUCGGGAGAUUUCAUCACAAAGCCCCUCUCGAGGCUCCGUGGACGGUGGUAGGGUCUCUCACGAUGACCCGGAAAGUAGCAGCAGCGGCACACGAGCUUUGCCUGAUGGCUAUGAGAAGCAUCUCUCAGAGCUGGAAUACUCGAGAGAUGAGACUUUCUCAAAGAGGCCGGUGUCAGUUAGGGUAAUGGAUGAUUCGCAUAAGCUCACUCUCAGUGCUUCGCCCGAGCCUCUGGAAGUGACCCCCACUUUUGCAGUAGACGAGGAGAAGAGGGACAACAUGGACCUAGGAGAGACAAAUUCACACCGAACUCUGGUGUCUCUGACGAAAGAUCUCCACCGGUGGCUGCAGGAGACUUUCCCAACCGUCACCGUGGUGGUCUCGCACAUGCCAUUUCCGCUUGUUCCGUUCGCCCUAUCCAUGUUCGUCCUCGUCCAGGCACUCGUCACAAAGGGAUGGGUGCCUGUGUUUGCGUAUGGAUGGGAUCACUGGGUCGACAAAACAGGAACGGUAGGGGCAAUCGGCGGAAUGGGCUUUCUGUCCGUGAUUCUUUGCAACUUUGCCGGAACAAACAUCGGCACGACGAUUCUCCUCUCCCGCGUCAUUCAAGCGUGGCAACAGAUUCAUAUCAACAACGGGAUUCCGAUUAGCGAUCGCACAUUCUGGGCUUCUGUGUAUAGUAUGGCCAUUGGUGUUAAUUACGGCGCGUUCAGCACCGCUUUCAGCGCAUCGCUAGCUGGUCUUUUGUGGCGGGAUAUCUUAGGAAGAAAGCAUAUUCGCGUUGGGAGUAUCGAGUUUGCCCGAGUCAAUCUCCCUAUCAUUGCCAUCGCCAUGGCUGUUGGAUGCACAGUCCUCGUCGGCCAGAUCUACAUUACGCGAAAACCGACUCCUUAUGACGCAUGAUUGCCCUUUGGCAAUCAAUUGAUAUGAUAUAUGAUUUUCUUGUUCUCUCAUUUUUUGAGACCUAUUUGUUCUAUCCCUGAUUAGAUUAAUCUCCAUGCUCAUCAAUACUUCGCACUCUGAGAUACACACCCUACUAUACACUGGCCGGAUCUUCCGGACCAAACUGGGCCUCCCAGUAUUUUUUCACACCGCUGCAAACGCCAGUGCUGUUCUUCCAACUUUCAAACCGCGUUUCCAGCUCACAUCCAGUCCAAAGUAUGUCUGCCCAGAACUGUUUCUCGACGUCACGACCAAAAGCAUUGAUGGUAUCUUCCGGGAUGGUCCAAGCCCGUGUAUAUGACCAGUCAUCGUUGAAAGCAGGCUUCACAGCGUGUUCCUUGGAGAAAACGGUGGCUGGAUUGAACUUGGGGAAAUUCGCGUGAAUGAAGAACGGAUGUGGAGCCAACGCCUUUGACCCAUUCACCCUCCAUUCACCCUUCUGGACUAGCUUGUAAUCCUCGAUGGGAUUAAAUUGGACCAUUGCUGAUCCAGCAAGCCCGCCUUCUGUUCGAUGUCCCAUAGCACAAAUAGGCUCGCUGACUUGGUAGAACGGUUCACCUAGCGCAGCAGCAGCAGUGAUGAAAGUUUCCUUGUCGCCCUCGCCCGCUGCGCCCUGCGAAAGAAGA